GCAGCCACCGGCGGCCUCGGCUCUACUUCCUGCCCGCCAUAACUUCACAGUACACAACACAGCAGGACGUUUGCACUCACGGCUGCUCUCACCUGAUGAACACAACACCGCUUGGGACUGAUCAUGACUCAGCAGGAGGAGCAGGAGUUCAUGGAGAACCUGGAGGCAGCCCUCUCCUGGAUGCGGGCCAUCCAGGAGAGGCUAAAGGCCAACGACAACACCCAGGGGCCCCGGGACGCUCUAGAGGCCAGACUCAGGGAGACAGAGAAAAUCCAUCAGUCGGAGCAUGAAGGUCGAGUGAAGAUGGACAAGGCGCUGGUGGCAGCAGAGAACCUUUUGCAGAGUGGAGAUGAAGAGCUGAGGAACCACACCCACACUAAACUCAAAGAGCUGAAAAGCCUGUGGGAGGAGACCAGCACCUACAUCAUCCACUGUCACAGUCGGAUCGAGUGGGUGUGGCUCCAUUGGAGCGAGUACCUGAAGGCGUACGAGGAGUUCGAGCUGUGGCUGACGAAGCAGCAGCGCGGCCUGGAUGUGGGCGUCGAGCAGCAGCUAGGAUUGAAGGAGAAGCUGUGGCAGGUGGAUCAGCAGAGGGUGUUGGUGAGCGACAUCCACGGCCAGGCGGCGCUGCUGGAGAGGCUGCUGGACGAAGCUGCCGCGCUGUACAACAGAACCCAAGACCCCAGUGUGGAGCCCGAAGCCCAGGAGACACUGCAGGAAGCCUACAAUGACAUCAGGGACAGAGCUGAGGAGCGUCUGUCGCUGCUUCAGAAGAUCGCUGAGGAGCACCAGACGUACCAAGGCUGUGUUCAGAAGUUCCAGUCCUGGCUGCUGUCGAAAACCAAGGAGCUAACGGAUCUGAUGGAGAGGGAGGAUACAGCUGAGAACAAGCUCAAAGCCUUAAAAGUGCUGGAUGACAGCGUAGCGAGCGAGGAGAAAACCCUGCAGCAUAUCGAGGGUUUGGCAGAAGCUGUCAGGGCUAACACCUCUCCUGCAGGGGCAGAGGUGGUGGUGGAGGAGGCUGAAGAGCUGAGGCUGGGCUGGCAGAGAUUGAGGCAGGGCCUGUGUGAGGCAGAGGAGGGCCUGCGCUCCAGCCUGGACUCACACAGUCAGUACAUGACCCGGUGCCAGCGGCUGGGAGACGACAUCGGACGCCUCAGGGCGAUGCUGCAGGGGCUGGACCAGGAACUGGUGGAGGGUCGUGAGAAUGGGGACCACACUGACCGCACAGAGGACCAGAUAGUGGGCCAGUGGAAGACAUACAAUGGUGUGAGGAAUACUCUGGCAGGGGAGGAGUCCCAAGUGGAGCACCUCAAAGCUCAACUCAAGGAGCUCUUCAGAUUCUCGGAGGAUUCGCGCCACUUGUCCGAUGAUGUCCUCGCUGUUGUUAAAGAACAUCAGAGUGUGAAAUGCAGAGCAACCAGGCUGUGUUCAGAGUCAGAGUCUGGGCUGAGAAACAUCCUCCAGGACCCUCUGCUGGUCUACGCCCAGUGGAGCCAUAUGGUCUCUCAGGUUCUGGAGGCUUCUGCUGAAGUCACUGACUUCUCCCACAUCGCCAUGUUAGUCCAGAACAUUGAGCGUCUGCUGAAGGACAGUAUCCAGCUGCAGGAGCGUUUCAGUCAGCUGCAGGUGAAGGGGGACCUGCUGGACUCUGUGUUUGGUCCGGAGAGGUCUGACGGUCUGCAGGGUGAGCUGAGUGCUGCCAUGAGGAACAGAGACCUGCUGCAUGCUCAGCUGCUGCAGAGGAAGAGCAGACUCCAGGGCUUAAUCUCAAGAACCAAGGACUUCAGUGAUGCCUACAAGUUGAUUCACGCCAAGCUGGCUGGUCUCCGAGACCGACUGGUGACAGCUGAUGGUCGACAGCCAGACAUUCUGGCCAAGAAAAGCCAGUUGGACCAAUUCAGGGUGAUCCACAAGGACCUGGAGGACUGUGAAGCCCACAUCAUAGCUCUGGAGACUCUGGUCUCCUCCAGUCAGAGCAACAGGACUCAGUAUGAGAAGCUGUACACUGACUGGAAACAUCUUCACAAGGCAGUCAGGGUGAAGAUGCAAGAGAGUGAGGACGGCAUCGCAGAGCACGAAAGCUUCCACGACAGCCUGCUGAAUGUAGAGAAGUGGCUAAUGAUCAUGAAGCAGAAGCUCGAGUCCUUCCACAGCCCCUCAGGAGGGUGGAGCAUAGAGGGUCGCAGGCAUGAAGCUGAGAGAGCACUGGGAGAGUUUCCAGAGAAGGAGCUUCAGCUACAGCAGAUGGAUGUCCAGGGUCAGGAGGUUUUGGAAAGGACUUCAGAGGAAGGAAGCGUCCAUAUCAUCAGAGACAUGAAACGUCUUCAAGAGUCCUGGUUUGCCUUGUACAAGAUGAGUCUCAAUCUUCACAGGCUGCUGAAUAGCUCCACAGAGUCAGACCUCCGUACGGAUAGAGGCCUGUCUGUAGACAGCACAGCUCCAACAACAGAGAUCAGUGUGAGGGAGCCAGACAGUCAGGGCAGAGCAGGAGGCUCCAAGAGAGGCCAACAAAAAGACCAGACAGGAGAGGCUGAUGGAGCAGGAGGGGAAGGAAGCCUGGAGGGAGAGGCAGGAGAGUGGGCAGUGACGGGGCAUGGGAUCCAGGGCCAUGCUGAUGAUCAAAACGAUGAACCUCCCGGCACAUCAAGACUAGGCAGGGACAGCGGCCUGAGUCAAGGAGGAGGAGCUUUUAUGCUGUUCAGAAAAGAUCAAGCCAAGCAGCCAUCUACAGCACCAAGUCAAGACACAAUGGGGAGCACAGGACAGUAUGAGUCCAGGAGGAGGGAGUUUGAGGCCUGGUUGAGCAGAGAGAAUGCACUCCUCUCAGGGAUCCUCAGGUCCCAGGGUGCAACACUCAGCGCUGAAGAACUCAAGACGCGACAGGACACACUCAAGGGUCUGAGGGCUGGAGUGACCUGGGGUCAAGAGCAGUUCCAGCUUUUGCUCCAAGAGAGUCAGGGCAGUGAGGCUGGAUCUGGACCAGCAGAAGAUGUGGGUCUGGAGGAACUUCGCUACCGCUGGAUGCUCUAUAAAUCCAAGCUGAAGGAUGUGGGAGACAUCAGGGCCAGACUCAGUGUCAAGAGAGUCCCAGCCAAACAGGAGGAGCCACCUGUCGCAACAAAGGUCCAAAAGAAGCCUGGGUUGCUGCAGCGGGUGUGUCGGCUGGCUCUUCCUCUGUGGCUCCUUCUCCUGGCUCUGCUCCUGCUGGCCUUCCUGCUGCCCCUCAUGGACGAGAGCAGCAGCUGCUCCCUCUCCAACAACUUCGCCCGAUCUUUCAACAUCAUGCUCCGCUACGACGGACCACCACCCACAUAGGAAACCUCCUGUGGACGGCACAAGAUACAGUAACAUCUGAUCUCACUCCCUACAGCUACUUGUUAUGUCUAUAACGGACCAUGGCUUAUGCUCCAUUAUAAGAAAUGUUAACUGGACUACGUAAGAUGUCACAUUCCCCUUCCCCUGGACCAUCACGUGUGACUGUAGCAUAUUACAAACAGGAUCACACAACUCUCAGUUCAAUCUAAAGGCUGUGUGACUUCAAACUCAUCAGUGUUCCUUUACCACAAAGUUUAUACUUAAUUUAAGAACUACCCAUCUCACUAUUUAAUAGCUUUGCUAAUAACAGCAGUGAAUGGCAUUUUGUCCUGCUUUAGUAUCAUCUCUAUCAUGAUGUACCACAACCUAGAAUAGCACACACAUCUGCAAACAUCAAAUCCCACAUUUCCCUGCUCCUUCCCCACAUUCUGGACUACACCAUCAAAUAUCAACCCCCUCAGAACAUCCCAUGCUUUUUGGCAACUUCAAUAUCAUGAUCUAUAAACUAUACGUCAGACUACCUAUCAUGAAGGAUUAAUAAAACUCCAGUUGGACUACAAAUCCCAUGCUCAUUCUAAGAAUUUUUAAGUACUGUACAAAACAUCCUACCACAGUGUCUCCUUAGGCUUUGACUUGAUUUUUCUUUUACUCAUUUUAACAAGUUUUUUGUUUAACAACAUACCCUCUUAUGUUAUAAUGAGUACGCUUUUUUUUGUAUUAAAAAGAUAUAAUGGUGUUAUGUAACAACAGGUUUUUUGAUACAAGAAAAAAUUUCUUGUUUAUACAGAAUAAUUUGGUAUGAAAAAAUGAUAACAUGAAACACCUGAGCUCUUCCCAACUCUGUACAGCUCCUCUGACUGUCAUAGUUAGACCUAAAUUCCAUUUGGUAGGAUUAAACACGAACUAUAUGUAAAACUUGAGACACAAAUUGAAACCUGGUUAAUACCUCUGGCUUAGUGAGAAUACUCAAAGCUCAAAGUCCAUAUUAGUUGACUGGAAUUCAUCCUCACUGCUGGUUGUUUGAUUUAUAUCGCACCAUAAAUGGAAUGAGACACGGUAUCCGCCAGACAGCAAAUAAGAUGAAACUCAGCCAAAGUCAGUGGAGGUCCAUGGAUACAAACAUGGAACAUCCAAACCAAAGACUACAGCAGCAGGACUGGACGUGAUACAGAAGCUAACACUGCAUUUCUGUUCCACUCCAGUCGUAUCUUCCAAGAUGUUCAGUAGUCUGUAUUAGCAAAACCAGAGUAGCAACAUACACUCUUUAGCUAACGUUGUGCUAAUCAUAUGUAGCAAAGGGAAAUAGAUUGUUUGCAAAGAACCACAAAGUGCAGCUAUACAUUAUAAAUUAUGUUUUAAUCUUUUAAGAUUUUACAAUCAAGAAAUUAACUUGUGUGUUGUUAGUAUUAUAAAAUCAACCAGGACUGUUACUGUGUGUUGAUACUGAGAGCAACCUAGCUAAUGCUAAUCCUUCUGCUCUGACUAUAACUGCAGACACUAUCUCUCUCUCGUUCUCGUCACAAAGACCUGAACAGAGAAAUCUUGUAUUUUCCUUGUCACAAUGUUGACCUUGAUAAAUGUACUUUGAAUUAAUGUGUCAACAUAGCUGGCAAGCACACAGCAUUAAAUCCCUAACAGUGUACAGUGUUUUUGACCCUGCUAUGAAUGUAGACUGUGAGCUCCAGUCAGUGUUGCCAGAUAGGACUGACAAAAGCCCAAUCACAGCCACAAAGAAUCAGUCCUGUUGCUCUUGGUCUUCAGUUUUCUCAGUAUAAUUAGACAAACUCAAAACCAGUUACAAAAAAAUGUAAAAAUUAAAUAGAGGUCUUUUAGAUAAUUUUAUAUUAUACAUUAAAUGUUAUCACUGGUAUGAACAGAUGUUAGAAGUGUUUGACCAUCCUGUCUACAUAAAUGGAAUGAACUGCACAGCAUACUGUUGAGCAAGUUCAUGAUCCAAAGCUAGAUUUUUUAGUAAUAUGUGUAACAAAUGUUGAUGUAAUUUUGAAGAAGGUUUUCUUAUUUCUGAAACAGAACCCUGAACUUUGGGUUUUUACCUUCAGCUCUCUGCUGUGGAUUCAGACUUUAGAAAAACAGCGUGUUCCACAUAAAAGAACACAGACAAAUGGCACAGUCACAGAGAGAAAGAGACAUUUUUUAAUAAAUAGAGUUUGAAAAGAACCCUAACCCAAACCAGGCUGAAAGCUUUAUGCAAACAAAACAGCCCACACUCCAUCCCAGAGACACAACCUGUGAGAAUACAAACUAUGGGCUCUACCUCCCAACAAGAAUUAACAUUCAAAUCUCUACUGACUUAUUGUAAAGCAUCAAUCCCUCCUUGUUUUAGGCAUUGUAGUUUUUCAAAUUAUAGUUGUAGGACAGUCAUUGAUCAUGUUGCUCACACUGUGGAGACGACGGGUUCAGUAACAGUUUAGUCCAAGCAUCACACAUGAAGAAUCAGAAGUACACGAUGUUGAUGCCGUUUUCUGAUAACUGUCCAAUGAACUGGUGUGUGUGUGUGUGUGUCCCUACUUAAAUAGUUUGACACAGUACUGCUCUGAAUUAUAAUUGAGAGGGAUAAUUUCAAUAUUUGUUCAAUAUUUGCAGAAUGUACUUUGAAGCACCAAAAACCCUUUUUAGUUGAGAGAGUUUUUAUAUCUUUAUUUUUAUCCUGUCAGCACUGAUGUCAUGACAGCUACAGUAAUCUGUGACUGUCGAUGAUGCUCGUACUGUCAGUCUACUCGUGUGUCGGUAUAGUUAAAGCAGUUUGCCUUUCUUCUGUCUGUGUACCUGUUUUUAACUGUACAAUCAUCUCAUGAGAACAGUUCCAGCUGCUUUUCUUAUAUGAAGGUGCUAUUUUGGCUGGAGCACCAUGAUUGGUCUUGUUCACACUCAGAACCACUAGUGAAAACAGUCAGAAAGCCGUCAAACGUGGCCCCUGACGUGUUAUUGGACUGCAGUGCGCUCCUGAUGCCAAGCUGUAAAACUUGAAAACCAAUGCUAAGUUUGGCCAAACGCCUUUUUUUUGUGCGAGCCCAAAAUAACUCAUAACUGCUUUUUAAUCCUGCGUUCUCUCUCUCUCUCUCUCUCUCUCUCUCUCUCUCUCUUUACACCACCCGCACACCCCAAAAAACACAAACACCUCCACACACCCUCACAUCUCUUUCCCUGGGUUUGUGUGUUCUAUUGACUUAACAUGUUGCCGUAGCAACAGCAACCAAAUCAAGUUAACCUAUUACCAUCUCUUUAUGAAACAAAAGGGUUUGUUUGCUGCAACUCCACAAGUAGAUGAGCAUGAAUUUAAUGUUCAACUCAGCUUUUGUUUGGGGAUGAACGAGCACAGGUGAAGACUCUUUAACUUUUAAAAUGUUAGAUUUAGCAUCAGUAAAUCAUCAUGUCAGUUCAGAUGUAAAAGUAUAACUCCCAUAAAGAAAUAAGACACCACUGCCAAGAUGACUGGCAGCCUCCAACAGGCUCCACACUGUUUUUAUUUGCUACCUGAGGAAAGUUUUGGAUUGUUUUAUGGCCUGAGGAGGGUGUUGUUUUUAUUUCUGCACAGAAAAGGAAAAAGCCAUGCUCUUAUUAUUUGUGGAAAAGCAGCAUUGCAAUGCACCCAUAACGUCCCUUUUAAUUAACAACAGCUUACUGUUGUUGUAAAACGGCUGAAAACUAGUGCUAAGUAUCUGCAAAUUGCUAUCUGUUAAAUUGCUUCCACAGUCUCCUCCACUUCCUCCAUCAAUCCUGCACUGAGCAAAGCAUGAAAUGUUUCUUCCUCCAUCACAGCGUGUCUACACAGCUGUGUUUUUGAGUUAUUCAUCUCUACACAAGUCUGAUGGAACCUUAUGUGCAUACCCACAACUCAAACACUUCAAGUCUAUUUUCUUCUCUUUCAUGAACAUAACUACAGUGAUUGUGUGUUUACACUCAACACUGUGCCUGAACACAUCCUGUGUAGACACAGAUGGAGGAAUGAAGCUGCUGCUGCUGCUGCUGCUCUGCUAACAUGCUGCUUUCACUACACAGCCUCGGUCUGUGUGGACAGCCUGACAUCAUGCUGUAAAGCGUACGAUCAUUGGUGCUCUCUCUCUCUCUGCUAUUUGCUGGUCUGUAGUGCCAAGUCAUGCCAUACUACAAGAAUGCUUGUUCCCGGUUGGCUGGCAGGUGUCUAAAACAUCACCAUUAACCCUGUGGUUCACGAUGUCAAGCAGGUUUGGGUAAUCGUUAAAUGAUAAUCCUGCUUUAUUUAUUAAAACCGGGGUCCACCUCCUGAUCUUGAACAUGACAUAAUCAACCAGGUUUAUGGGAGAGAUGGUUAUUAUCAACACACUGCUGUGAGACAAAUACUUUCAGUAGUGUUGAUGGUCUUAUUUGUACGGCACUUAUUUUGUGUAAAUAUGCUACAUGUAGCAAGUGUACCACAUGCUAUUGAAGGCAUACAGUUAUCAUGGCCUUGAAGCGUUAUUUAAACCAUCCAGUUAAUCAGCUGUACUCGGUGCCAUAACCACAUGUAUGAAUUCACAAUGUAACUUUAUUAACCACUUGUGGCCAAUGUCCUGUAUAACAGUUAUAUAACACUUAUAAGUUCAGUGUAAGCUGUAGUCAUAGUCCUGUCAUGCGUGUUGAUGCUGCGUUAUAUACUGUAUCAGAAAUUAGACUCCAUGGUACUGCCUCUUAUUGCACUGCUCUACUGUCUUCUAUUAUGCAUGUGUCCCUUUGGAAACCUAUGCAAUGCCUGGCUCAAACUGUACAUUAUUGUGUCCAUUGAUACUUUAUGCAACAUAUGAAGUGACUUGAAUCUCUUGAGUAGCCUACAGCUGGUCCUGCAGAUACAGAAUGUGUGGAUAGGAAUCCUGUCAAAUUGUCUGACUUCAUGUUAUACAGACAUGUCUGCUGUCAGAUAGAGGUAUUGAUUAUGAAAAUGCACAGAUAAAGAGAGCUUUUUUUUUGUAAAAUUAUGCAAGUCUAUUUUAUUAAAGUUUUGAAAAGGAGUAGAAAUGCUUCAUAUUAUUCAAGAGGCUGUGUAUUUAACUACUGUUUAUAUUCUGAUGUAAUAAAAAUACAAUUGAAAUGCUC